CUCAUUAUUAUAUGGUAUUAUAUGGAGGAUGCAUCGGCUUCGAAGUUCAUCCCGCACCAAAUCGGAGGUGUCCAAAACGACGCGCUUCGAUUCGGUCUUCAUGGAGUCAAGAGCGACAUCGUUGGUUCUCACCCUCUCCAAUCUUCCCUCCAAUCUACAAGGAGAAUGGAAGAAGCGAUGAAGAGGCAAUGCAAAGUCAACUUGUAUGGAACUGCUUUUCCUCUCAAGGAGGAACUUGACAGGCAAAUAUUGUCACGGUACGAGAAUUUGGAUUCCAAUUAUCUAUUGUACUCUACUUUCUUUAUGUGUUUCGGAAGCUAA